AUGCUACGAUCCGGGCUAAACCCCGAAGACUUGGACUUUGAGAUCCAUGUUGAUCAGUCUUGCUUGACCACACCCGCGCACGAAGCUGCCGAGCUCGAAGUCAUGGACGACGACGUCCCCGCUGUUGCCCAGGCCGAAGAGCAGAAGAAGGUGGAGGAUACACAGGAUGAUGUGAAGGAAGAGACUCCCGAGGUCGUUGUAGAGGACCCAAAGGCCGAGCCGGAAGAUGUGGAGGAACACGACACGGAGGGAGACUCAGCGGCGGGUCAAGCCCCUCUUGAGGAUACCAAAGAGACGACUGUUGGGGGCAAUUCCGAGGCUGCUCCGGAGAAGGAAAUCGAGACACCACUCGAAGAGGCUGAGGAGGCUGAGGAGAUAAAGCCUGCCUCUGAAGACACUCAUACUGCUGAGGACAAGCCAGAAGCAACAGCCGCAGCAGAAUCCGACAGCACACCAGCGGACGAGGAUUCAUCUGUGAGCCUCGAGACGAAAGACAUGAAUGAAGAGGAGCCUUCGAAGCUGGACGUGGAAUCUGGAAAGGACGGCGCAGAAGAAACUCCAGAGCCAGCGGCGGAGGUGGAUACCAAGCUGGAAGAGUCAGCGCCCGAACCAGAGACUGAGCUCGGAAACGAGCCUAAACCUGUUGUCGAAGAUGAGGAGGAAGCUGAGCACAUUACCAAAGAAACGACACCUCCGACGGAGCCUGAAUCUGAUGUCGAGGGAGAAGUCAAAGAAGAAGUGUUUCUUCCAGAGCCUGAGUCAGAGGCUAUCGAGACAGAGGCUGAACCGGAGGCUGAUCCAGAGCCCGAACCCGACUUAGAGGUCGAGGUACAGGUUGCAGCCGAGGAAGAACCUACAUCCGCCCCAGAGCCAGAACCUGAAGUCGAAGAAGUCGAGAGGGGAAGGUCACUCGGACCCGCGGCCGAAGUCACAACCAGUCAAGUGGUGGAGCAGGUAGCAGACUCAUCCGCCGUGGCCCAGGCAGAGUCCGAAGAGACCCCAACACCCGCUCCUGCCGUCGAAGACACCAAGGACGAUCAUGAUGAGCCCGCCGCCGUCCAGGAAAACAGCCGCUCCCCUUCUUCCCUCCGCCGGGCCUCCGGCCGCACCGAGGCUCUCAUCCAGGCUGCCGCCAAGGAGGUCCUCGAGCGACUCGAGGCCCAGACCAUGGAGACUAUCAGGAAUAGAUCACACUCGCGCCAAGACUCCACGGGGUCUACAAACAACGGCACAGAGUUGCACUACGAUGUCAGGUCCGAGGGCACGCGCCGUGAAUCCUACAACACCGACUCCCGUGCCAGCCGCCGGGAGUCUUAUAAGACGGAAUCUCGGGCAAGUCGCCGCGAGUCGUACAACACACAACCGCAAACCAGCCGCCGGGAGAGCGACGCGCACCGUCGACCCACGCAUGCCGAGGAUGGCGGCGACAGCUCCUCCCAGCACGGCGACUCGGACGUCUUUAGCGACCGCAGCCCGCGCAGCUCGCUGGGUUCCUUCGAUGGCAACGUCGACCACCAUCACAAGGACACCAGCAACCGCUCCUCCAAGAGGUUCUCUCGCAUGUCAGACGACGUUUCCGUGUCGGAGAUGUCGUACUACGACAAGGAAGACUUCGUCCCCACCAUCCGCGGCGCCCCUCGCAUGCCCUUCCGCUCGCCCUCCGAUGUCCGGGCUCUCCAAUACUCGUCCCCCGCGCCCUCGGUGACCGGGUCGUACUCCCCCCGUUCCAGCAAACGCUCGCAGCAGGUGCCGACCAUCUCCCGUCUCGGCAGCCCGAACGUGUCUGCCCAGUACUCCCCCAAGGGCCGCAAGACGCCGACUCGCUUCAACCCCAAAAAGGAGCCCGCCCCGCUGGUCCUCCUUCACGUCACCCUCCUCCCGCUCCGCUGGCAGUGGGCCGAGAUCCUUGAGCAAGCCUCCUCCGAGACCCUCUCUCCCGAGGCAAAAACCCUGCGCGAGGCCUGGCACCACCUCCACGACCGUGUCGCCGACACCGUCUGCGAGCGCGGCAUUCUCCUCUCCCACCCCCAAGACGACUACGAGAUCCUCGAAGAGCGCCUUCUGGAAGCCCUCGACCUCCCCCUACGCAGGAGGGCCCGCGUCCUCGAGUGCGGCCACUACAUUGGCCCGUCCAACGAGAUGACGCUCGGCGAGGAUAUGGACAGCGACGAGGAUGAGUACGACGAGGAUUCUUCGAGGCGCAAGAGCGCGCUGGUCAAGACGCACUGGUGCCAGACGUGCCGCCACGAUAUUCGCUACGAGUCCCUCGGCCCGGGCAAGAUCUUCCGCAUUAAGGUGUACGCCAGCAACGGCCUCAUGCGGACCGGCGCCUGGGCGGCGUGCUGGAAGGAGAUGGAGCGCGUCGACGUCGAGAUCGAGCCCAUUGUAGCGUCGGCCGUGCUGGACGAGCUGGAGCGCCUCGUGCUCGCGCAGUCGCAGCAGCUGUCACUGGUCAAGCACGAUCCCACGAUUCUUGAGUCAACCGAGGGUAGAGACAGAGACAUGCCCGAGGAGCAUUGCGGCAUGUCGGACUUUGAUGACCACGAUUUGCCUUCCAUGGACCGCGACAUGCCUGCUCUGGAGGAGCCUCCGCGGGACGAAGCAUCGCAUAUUGAGGAGACCAACCUCUUGGAGCCGAAUUACAUGGAGACCGAGGCUCACGUCCCCGUGUCUUCACCUCCGCCUGCGGAAGAAGAGGAAAUCCGUCCGCCGUCUCCGGAGCCGAUGCCCCGCUACGAUCAGAGCGAAGAGCGCCGUCUCCGUGAUGAGGCGCGCAUGCGGGAGAUCUACGGGCACUCCCCGGCUCCUGAACCGGAACACCACGAGCCAGCGGCCGAAAGUCGACCGGCGUCGUCGCAUCACGACGCGUACUCGGCUCGGUCGCCGCCUCCCCCUCCACAACAGCAACCGGAGCCGGAACCUCAGCAGCCCCAUUACCACCAAGAGCAGCACCACCCGCACCAGCACCAGCACCAGUCUCCGCCGCCGCCGGCGCCGCCGGAGGAAGCCUACGCCCAGGCGCAUCACCAGAGACAGCAAGCCUUCCAGAACGCCGGGCUCGCGGAGCUGCUGCUCGAGGCGGCGCGGGUGUUUAUGCAGGAUAAGAAGAACCUGGCCAUUGUGGUCAUGAGCUUGCUCGUGCUGUUCAUGGCCAUCAGGCCUGCGCCGCGGUCGGAGGUGAAGGAUUGGGAUGGCCAGUUCGUCGACCAUGCCGCGCCUGUGUCUGAAGUGCCUGCUUCGCCGCCGUUGUUGGAGGCUAUUGAGGCUGUUGUUGAGUCCGUGACGGGGUCUGAGGCUCCGGUGCAAGUUGUUCUUCAGCCUACACCCGAGAUCGAAGCUCCCGAGAUCGAAGCUCCUGCGCCUAGCGUGGAGGUUCCCAUGUCUGAGUCAACCGCGCUGAAUGUUGAGCCUGUAGAGAGUACCUUUAUCCCAGCGACGGAGAAGACUUCUGCGGUGGAGCAGGAAACCUCUGCAACCUCGUCGCCUUUGUCUUCUUUUACUGAGGAAGUCGUGGCACCUUCUCCUACUCCGGUUCACGAGACAAUCACGACCAGAGAGCUGGUGCGCAUUAUUGAGACGGUCACGGAGACGGUCAAGGCUGUUGUUACGGAGACGGAGGUCGUCAGGGUUCAGCCUACACCUAGCGUUGUGCCCGAUAUCGAGGUCGAGGCUAAUACUGAGGCCCAGGCUGAUGCUGAAGCCCAGGCUGAUGUUGAGGCCCAGGCUGAUGUUGAGGCCCAGGUUGAGGAGGAAGCUAUCGAAGAGGCCGUUGUCGAUAUUCCAGAUACAGAGGACGCCUCUGAGACUGAAGAGACAUUGGCUUUUGAGACUGCCUCACCUAGUGAAGAGCCCACAGAAGAAGAUGAGAUGGAAGAGGCGCCGGCCACGGAGACGGCUUUGCCUGACGCAGAGGAUGCGGAGCAUGAUGUGACAGAAGACCAGAUACAUGAGGAUGUGAAUGAUGAGACUGAGCAGAUGGGGGGAGACCAUGAGGAUGAACGGGAUGAACUGGAUGAGCGAGAUGAACUCUGA